AUGUUCUUCUUGUCUCCUUGUUUGAGGGGCUGGAGGCAGAGAGGCUGGCGUUGGGAAGCUAUGCAGAGGGGCCGCCAUCGGUGGGUGCACAUAGAUUAUCCUCCACGGAAGCGUUCUACUGUUAAGAAGCUGCACGAGAGCCACGACAAGCUGAUCUUCGUCUGUCAGGGAUACAGAGACCGUCUCCUGUCGGAAAAGCUACCUCCCGAGUUGCAGAAGCGUCUGCAAGAACUGAAGGAUAGCCCUGUGCCGCUAUAUGAUAGGCGCUUGCCGUGGUCGCAAGACCUUCAGAAAGCCAUUCAACGCACGGCAGUCCCUUGUGUGGCUUUCGCUACUGGGCGCACUCACCACUUGUUGGAGGCCUUUACGAUGGAAGAGGUUUUCGCCCUAGAGAAACUCGUCCCCGAGAUACUUCAGGGCUUCGCGGAACUCAACAAGAGACUUCCCGAGGAUGCAAAAGACGCCGCAAAGACGCGGCACAGGCCCCUGGACCUAAAGUAG